CCUGGAGCGGGCCCCGCGACGCGACCGCGGCCGACGGCAGGGUCAAGGCCCACUGCGGCGGACGCUCGGAACAGUCGCCGGUAUCGAUUCAACAGCGCGCGGCCGGCGGAGAACAGACCGCGUGGCCAGGCGGCCGGGAGUUCCGACUCCGACUGCUGGGGGCGGCAGGGCGGACUCGCCGGGCCGCUGAAUGGUGACCGACUUCAGCAGGCAGCAAUCUCCUGGUGGCUCACACGAGUGAGCCGACUCGGGAGAUGGAGGGGCGCGGCAGCCAGCGGUCGGUCUCCUCGCCCGGCGGCCGGGCAGGGCCACGCUCCCGGGGCGCCGACUGGAGGACGCGCCAGUACGACAGCUCCUCAGACAACGACGAUAUCGCACCGGACGUGGCCGUUCAGCCUGCCUCCAUCGUGCUGCAGCCGGCCAAGUCCGGCGACCUGAGCUGUCGCGAGCUAGGUGGAUAUCCGGGCCGCGGCGGCGCGCCGUACGGCGGCGAGAUGGCCGCCGUCCGGCCCGACCACCUGCACUACGCUUCCAAGCCCGUCUCGUCGGGCAUCUACCAGUCGCUGACGCGGCGCGGGCGCCGCGGGCCCGGCCACAAGCACGGCUCGCUCAGCUCGUCCGACAACAACUCCGACACGACUACGUACGCCGAGGGCGAGAUGCGCUCCAAGAUGGAGGCGCUGCAGAGCGGUCUGCACACGCCGCCGGAGCCAGCGCCGCCAGAGGUACCCUCGCGCGGCCCCUCCUCGCACCAGGCGGUCCGCUCUCUGCAGCGACUGCAGUCCGGCUACGCGCCGGACACGGACGGCGCCUUGCCCAGCCCCUCAGGUGAGCACCUGCAGCAGCUGCAGCCGCUUCUGCCGCGUCGGCUGCUGCAAACGCUCCGGAGCCGCUUCGUCACGUGA